CGGAGGUGGCAGAUCUCAUACUUACCUGGCAGGGGAGAUACCAUGAUCACGAAGGUGGUUUUCCCAGGGCGAGGCUUAUCCAUUGCACUCCGGAUGUGCUGACCCCUGCGAUUUCCCCAAAUGUGGGAAACUCGACUGCAUAAUUUGUGGUAGUGGGGGACUGCGUUCGCGCUUUCCCCUGAAUUUUGCAGUUCAAAAGAAUAGGUGGUGUACCAAAGUUUGCGUUUUGUGUGGUGUGUAAUCUUGUGUUUUCUGUGGCGUGUAAAUGUUAUCUUACCGUGUAAGGUUAGAGAAUGAUUAGUAACAUGUCGAUUCUCUGUCAGAGGACAAAUGAAAAAGGUCAGCCGUUGCAACAUAAGGUAACUACCGUGAAGGCCGCACAGUUCUUCCCUUUCUAUGCGGGGAUGCUUUCUGCGGAGAUUGGUCCAUGGUCUCCAGCGUCUUGGGUUCUCACGAUCUGUAAAAAUCUUCGUGUUGUUCCCUAACCCCCAGUCACCUUUUAUACAGCUUCUGCUUCUAACUGCAGCCCCCACAGUAGUUUGUAGGAUUUCUGUGCUGGGGGGAAUGUGUUCUCACUUCAUAGAGCCAGGUACAAACUACGCAGACGGGCGCUGUUCUUUGGGAAGAAAACAGGGCCUUUGGGGCUCUUAGUGUCCCCGCUGGGUUGUAUACAUAACACGCUUACUUUGUGUAGGGGAACGGCUCUCCCAGCGCCCAGGUCCCUAGUGCAUAUUCAUUGAGGCCCGCAGGUCAGAACCGCAGUCUCACCUGUCUUGGCGGAAAUGCGCUGCGAUCCUUCCUGAAAUGUAAGGCAGGAAGUUUUACGAGGAGCCGGGUCCAGUUUCCCUACUAUUUCCUGCCGUUUACAUAUCUCGUCUUUCUUCAGACUUUAUUCAAGCGACAGCUUCUUGUUUGAUGUCUCGCUUCCACAUCCUACAUCCAUUGCCAGGCAGCUUUCUAGAUCGCACUCCCACCCAUCCUUCCCGCCCCCAAGCAGCCCUUUCCCAUUUCUGGCGCCAGUGUCCUCCCCCUUCCCUCUUCUUCAGGCCCUGGCUUAUCACCUUCAUGGACAGAAAAUACUUAGCUCUCUCUCAACCUGCGGUUUACACCUGACACGCGUUAGUAUUGUCUGGGUGAAGGGGAAAAGGACAAGAUGGAGGAAGGUGAACAGAAAAGACACAGCCCUUACUACUUCCGGGUUCUUCGUCAUCCAACUUACCCGCGCGCGGGAAAAUGCAGCCCACGCCCGGGAAAAAAGCAGACCAACUGAGCAGGCGCCACGUGAAGUCAAUUUGAGGAAACGGAAACAUACUACGGAGACGCCCCUGGCACGCCCUUAUCCCACCCACUGCCCGCCCAUUUCCAAGCCCAGGACAUAAAAGUCGCCGCUGGCAGGCGCCAGCGCGAACUUCCGUAGUCCUAUUGCUUGUGGACCGAGGAACCUAGCCCGAGAGCGCCGGCGGGACUUCCGUGUCCCCACUUAGAGGACCGGUGAACCUCGCCCAAGAGCCCUGACUCGUUGGUCAAUAAAGUUCUUUCUUUCCUACCACUUGCCUCCAGCGCCUCUUUCCUGACUAAAAGAAAUUAAAUAAAUCAGGUGGUGCCCAAACCCGUGAGGAGACCCCUCCUCAGGGCCCCCCAAGGUCCGAGGAGCCUCCUCCUUCCACGCCUAGGAUGGACCAGGACCCAAAGAACCGCUUUCUACCAAUCCAUUCCUCCAGAAUCUCCUGGGGACCCUGGGAGCUCCUUCCAGCUCUUACACCUAGACGAUGACUGAAGGCGGCUGGACUCGGGGACCCCCAUCACCCUCGCCGAGCUUCGGGUAACUCUUCAGGUAGCGGGUAAGCCAGUUUCUUUUCUUGUGGAUAUGGAGGCUACCUACUCUGUUUUGCCAUCAUUUAGUGGACCUAGUCACCCAUCUCACAUUUCAGUUAUAGGAGUUGGAGGCACUCCGUCUAGUCCUCUUAGAACACCACCUCUUAAUUGCUGCCUGGCCAAUAACUAUUUUGCACACUCAUUCCUCCUCAUCCCCUCAUGCCCCACUCCUCUACUAGGCUGAGAUAUCCUAAGCCAACUGAAAGCCUGUAUCUCUCUUCCUACUAGCUUCCCCCACCCCGCCUGCCAUCUACUUCUAGUAUUAACUAACUCAAAUGACUCCAACAACCCUACUAACCCUUUCCCUAAUUUCCCCAUUCCUAUAGACCCCAAAGUGUGGGACACCUCCACUCCUGUCGUGGCGGACCAUCAUUCACCAAUACUCAUAAAACUUAAAAACCCGGGUUUCCAACCCGCCCACAGUUCUCUCUCUCUCCACAACACUUAUGAGGACUAAAACCAAUCAUUACUAGGUUACUCAGCCAACACAUCCUCAUCCCCACUCAUUCCCCCUGUAACACCCCAAUCCUACCUGUAAAGAAGGCAGAUGGGACUUUUCGGUUAGUGCAAGAUCUUCGUCUUAUCAGUGAGGCUGUUUGCCCCACCCAUCCAGUAGUUCCCAAUCCCUAUACCCUUCUCUCUCUUAUCCCAUCUAACACAACACACUUUACUGUGCUAGAUCUAAAAGAUGCAUUUUUCUCUAUUCCCUUACACCCAGAUUGUCAGUUUCUCUUUGCCUUUACAUGGGAAGACCCAGACACCCAUGCCUCCACCCAAUUGACAUGGACAGUGCUUCCCCAAGGGUUCCGAGAUAGCCCCCAUUUCUUUGGGCAAGCCCUUGCAAAAGACUUGGCCUCCUGUCCUCUUACAAAUAGUAAAAUUCUCCAAUAUGUAGAUGACCGUUUACUCUGUAGUCCCACGAGACAGGACUCUCUUUAGGACACUGCAAUCCUCCUUAAUCAUCUAGGAUCCAAAGGUUACCGAGUAUCCAAAUACAAAGCUCAACUCUCACAACAAUGUGUCAUAUAUUUAGGCAUUGAAAUCACUCCCACAACGCGCUUGCUCACCACAGACCGUUUAACUCUAAUACAAAAUCUUUCUCCUCCCCAACACGCUAAAGAAAUCCAAUCCUUCCUAGGCCUAGUAGGGUUUUUCAGACACUGGAUUCCUAAUUUCGGAAUCUUGGCUAAACCUCUAUAUGCAGCUGUCAAGGAGACUCCCCAAGGACCUUUGUCUAACCCAAAGUUAAUCUAUAAACAUUUCACUCACCUAAAAAACUGCCUUCUCUCACAUCCUACUCUCUCACUCCCAGACUUCCAACGCCCCUUCCAGCUUUUCACAGAUGAAAGACAAAAAGUUGCCAUUGGCCUUUUAGCCAACCUAUAGGCACCACAUACCAUCCUGUGGCAUAUUUAUCCAAACAAUUAGAUCCCACUGUACAAGGGUGGCAGCCCUGCCUUCAGGCCCUAGCAGCAGCAGCCUGUCUAACCCAGGAAGCAAAGAAACUCAUCAGAGGCUGCAGCCUGACAGUCUUCCCUACCCACCGCCUUCAAGACCUUAUUGCCCACAAAAGUAUCAGCCACCUAACCCCGUCCAGGCUCCAACUUUUCCACCUCUUGUUCAUAGAAGACUCUACCAUUGUCCUAGGAGUCUGCUCCUCUCUAAACCCAGCAACCUUACUCCCCAACCCUCUCAAACAACCCCAUACUGAACACUCCUGUCCAGAACUUUUAGAGGCCCAACCACCUAGUCACUUGCAUUUACAUGACCAACCCUUGGAGAGCCCACAAUUAACCCUAUUUGUGGAUGGCAGUUCCUUUAUAAAUUCUCAAGGAAACAGGCAGGCAGGAUACGCGGUAGUUACAUCAUCCACUGUCCUAGAAGCUAAGCCUUUACCACAAGGAACAACAUCACAGCAGGCGGAGCUUAUCACACUAACUAGGGCUCCCCUCCUAUCUAGAGGAAAAACAGUAAACAUAUACACAGAUUCUAAGUAUGUCUUCUGAAUUGCACACACCCAUUCUGUCAUCUGGAAAGAAAGAGGGUUCCUAACCACCUGUGGUACCCCCAUAAUCAACAAAAAGCAGAUAAACUGCUAGAUGCUUUAUCAGCACCUUCCAAAGCAGCCAUCAUACACUGUAAAGGUCAUCAGACUCCAUCUAACCCGGUGGCAGCUGGCAACAAUUUUGCUGACACCACUGCCAAAUCCGCUGCCGGAUUCUCCACCCCUACACUUCCUUCUGUUUGUUUUCUUUCUCCCCAACAUAUCCCUAAUUACACCCAGGAAGAAAAAACCAAAGAAUUACAAGACUCAACAGCCAGACUAGCCACAGACAAUUGGAUUUACAUCAAUAAUAAAUUAGUUAUUCCUAAAACACAACUCCACACCGUCUUAAGAGACAUACAUAAUUCCUUACACAUAGGACCCAGAGCUCUAUAUAACCUUCUAAGCCCCCUUAUCCACUGCCCUACACUCAUGAAACACCUAAUUAUAAUCAACCAACAGUGCGUCACAUGCCUCAAGUCAAAUCCUCAAGGCGCAUUAUGCAACUCCCACCCAAGUCACCAACUCAGAAGACACCAACCAGGCGAAGAUUGGCAAAUUGAUUUUACCCACAUGCCAAAACAUAAAAAAUUCAAAUAUCUCUUAACCCUUGUUGAUACCUUUUCAGGAUGGAUAGAGGCCUAUCCUACCACAGGAGAGACUGCCAAUAUAGUUGCCUCCAUACUCACUGAACACAUUAUUCCUAGGUUCGGCCUCCCACUCACCCUCCAGUCUGACAAUGGCCCAGCCUUCAUCUCCAAGGUAGUCCAACAGGUGGCAGCCCUCCUACACAUCACCUGGAAACUCCACAUCCCUUAUAGACCCCAGUCCUCUGGUAAAGUAGAAAAAGCCAACGGACUAAUCAAACAACAAUUCAUCAAACUCUCACUUGAGACUCGACAGUCUUGGGUAACCCUCCUGCCUCUCGCCUUAACCUGGCUGCGGGCCGCCCCGCGAAGUCCAACAGGCCUCAGUCCAUUCAAACUAGUUUAUGGCCGACCCCUCACCUUAGAACAGCUGCCUACCCUUUCCUCUCCACUGGCAAAUUACCUUCCAUACUUAACUCUUUUGAGACAACUACUAAGACAGCAUGCAGAACUAGCACACCUGCCUCCGACAGGCACUUAUAAUCCACACACCUUUCUCAGCCCAGGUGAUCAAGUAUACUUAAAGAACAUCCAGGCCAAAGACCUCCAGCCCAGGUGGAAAGGCCCAUAUACUGUCCUCCUAUCCACACACACAGCAGCCAAGUUAUUAGGCCUCACACACUGGGUCCACAUAUCACAACUAAAGAGGGCCCCUGCAGAAAGCGACAAGUGGGAAUCAACUAAACUCACCCCCACCCGCCUCAGGCUCACCAAACUUCCCUAAUUAACACAUGUUUCCAGGCCUUUUAUGACUGUCCCGAUUCCUCACCAUACUGUACACAAAUCUGGCAGAGUUUCAACACAUCACCCCAGAUCUCUAUUUGCCCCCAGACCCCAGCCCAACACAGUGGUUCUCUCGCCUACUCACAUUUGUAGAACACCUCCAAUGGCAAGGCGCAUUCUACGCUUACUCAGAAGAUGAAGUUUUCUUACUCACUUUUAUUACUAUCCUUCUUCUACAUUCCAACGGCAAUUACUAACCCAACCUUUAUAUGGAGAUUCUCCAUAACUGAAACUUGGUCCUUCAACAACAAGCAACAUACAGUUCUGCAAGGCACUGCAGACU